AUGAAACCGUUUGGGCUUUCUGUACUUUUUCUUGCCCUCUUGGGUUUGGUGACGGCCCAGAACGAUUGCUUCUGUCCUGGCGGAGCUGCCGCUCCAGAUCCCGAAAAGGUCAUUCAGCUUUCUGGGUCUACCAGCACAACUUGUGGAAAGUUACAGGAAGAAGCCACCAAGCGCUACUUGUUGGAUGCCCACGGCUGCAACUUUUACAGGUACUAUGGUCAGUUGUGCGGUUGCGGCGACCCGGGUGGUUAUCAAGUUUGUGGUCUGUGUCAAGAUGGAGAAGAACUGCCAGAUACAACCACACUAGUAGAGAAAACCGCAUUCUCUGUGGAUUCUUGUCAGCAGUAUCCUCUGGAAGCCAAAUUUGACCCCUUCAAGCAGGGCUGUGGCUAUUACUAUUAUUUGGGUUCUCUUUGUGGCUGUAGUAACAACCAGCCUCCCGAAACGGCAUGUACUCUUUGUGCCGAUGGCAGCGCUCCUCCUUUGGAAACUCGGCAAGUUCGAUUGCCCGGUGUCGAAUCAGGGACCUGCCAGUAUGUCAAUGAGUACACACAGUACAUCCUACGACAAGACAGCAGAGAGUGCAUUGCCAAUCAGGCCACACUGGGAAAGUUUUGCGGAUGCCCCGAAGCCGCCCAGCCCGUCAGCGACUGCCCCAUUUGCAUUGGAGGUCUGGUGCUCUCCAACGAACCUGCACCCAAGUUUUCGUAUUUGAGCCCCAAUGGUGAAACGACAAUCCAUCAAUCCGAGCGAACGUGCUUGGAAGCGGAGAUGAUUGCACACGAGCUCUACUAUGCAUCUCAAUGGGGGAAUCAGAUUUGCACCGAUCUUCGCCAGCAAUUGGCCAGUGCUUGCUGCAAAACACCCGCCGAGUUGCAGGCUAGCAUUAGUGCUGCUGUUGCUACAACAACCGAAGGAGCAGAGGCUACCAACAAUUCGUCGGGCACUCGCAGUGGCAUGUUCAGUUGGUUUGUCCUCGCCACAGUUGUGGGUGUUUGGCAGACCAUCAGGUUGGGAUAA